UUGCUAUGUGGCUGAGGGUAACAUGAGAAAAUACAUAUGCCUCAACUGUGAAAUGCCAAAGUCAAGAAGCUCUUAGCGUAGCAUGGCACAAAGAUUAGAAGCUGUACAUAUGACUAUCCAGCUGGAGCAGAGCAAAAUAUUCAAAUAUACCUGUCAAACAACAGCAGCACUUUAGAUGUGUUUGGCGAAGUGAUGAAUGAGCUGUUAGGGAAAUUACACAAGCCGCCAGUGUAGCCUCCUGCUUCUGCCUUUUCUUGUUUCCUGCUUUAACAGAAAUGGAAACACUAAACUGUCAUGUUGAUUCAUGCCAAUCAGAUUGAGAGACUUACAUUUUGUGGGAUCCCAACUUUAUCUUGAGUGUGUUUUCUCAUUUUAAGGGCACGGCUCAUUGAUUUUGUGUUCAAAAGUUGAAAGAUUGGCCCUUAAAAAAAACUGUAGUCCUCAAAUAGCCUGUUUGUUCUUUGACUUAUUCUAAUUCUGCUAAAACUGAAAGCUUAAUCUUUCAUGUAUUGUUGCAUGAUCACAUUUCCUGCAUUUCUACUUCAAACCUUUACCUCUUUUUUGCUGCACACCUCUGAAACAUCUCAUCUCAUUUACCAUUUCUGUUUUAUAGAUAUUAAGACACGAGGAUGAUGCUGAUUACUGAGAUGGGAUGUUUCACUGGAGCUAGUGUUUGGUAACUCUUCCUUUUUAUAGUCCGUAUGUAAUUAUUAAUGUAAUUAAUAAGUUAGUAAUAAUUAUGGGACUAAAGUACUGAGUGAAACCUCUUCUAUUGACUUCUUCUGAUGGGUUGAUUGUGGUACAAACUCUCAUAUAACAGUACUUACUUGGGAAAGUAGGCUUUUAAUUAGAUGUUAUAACUACACAGAUUUUGGACAGGGAAAUAAACAUUACCUCCCAGUGAAGUACUUGGUUUUAUUACAGUUAUUUAACUGUGGUUUUUCCAUCACUACCUUCCUGUUAGUACUUCCUUGUAUGAUAAUGUCUUGACCUUGUAUUUACCAGGAAGUAACAGAGGUCUCAAGGGGGUAAAUACUGAACUUUUCAUUGUUCAGUUAAACUGAUGGGUAAUAGUGGUUACAUGUGGUUACUGAAUAAAUACUUCAAAAGGAAGGGGUUACAAAGGUUAGCUAAUCACCUUGUGUCUAAAAAGCUGUAAUUAACACACAUUUAGUAAGUGGUACAAGUUAGGUUAUUUUAGUCUUUCAAAUAAUGUUUUACAAAAAGAAAUCAAACCUUUUCAAGCCUUUAAAAGUUGAUAAUUUGACUGUAUCCAUGUGUAAAUUCAGAUUAUAGUUGUGGCGCUGGUGCUGAAAGUCUGUUCACUAAACAGCUUUGUGCCUGACUUGUGAGUCCAACGAAGAAAAAGUAUGCAGACCACAUGGUGCACCACAUGCUGUGCUGCCCUAUAUGUGUCAUGCUAUAUGGGACAGUUUUGUAAUCGCUAUUCCUGAGCCUGAAUGUUACACUUGUACUUAACUAAAACCUUUUCCACAACACACUAAGGCUGCCAAUCUGCUCUGAUUGAAGACGUCCGCACUUCAUCAUCACACAGUGCCAGCCGGAAUAACGUCUCCAUCAGGAUUGUAGGUGAAAGACGAAGCCCUGAACAUGAAACCACGUGCUCUGAUAGCAAGGACUCGAAGUUCACCUCUUUCACUUUUACAGUGACAAUCAAAACCUCUAACACAACAAUCACACCGUUAGACUGCAAACAUCCGGAGGUGUGUACCAAACAGAGCUGAUAAGAAAAAGGCGCUGAAGUUAUCAGACUGAUAGCCAUGACUCGAGACACUGUGGUCACAUGUGUGGUGGACUGGACACGCACACUCCAGCAGGUUGCAUCAGAAAAAUUCAUGACGCAGAGGCACACACACACAACAGGACCCUAAAUAUAGAACUUCUGGUUUUUACCCACCCGGGGCUGUCUGAGUGUGGAAAGUUUUCCCCUCAAAAUCCAAAGUAAACCCUCUCCAAGCUGCGACACAGAUGUUUCAGUCAUAGGCUGUGACUUUCAUAUGCUUGUUUAUUAUGGUGGAUUCACUGAAGGUGCAUUUUGAAGCCCUCCAUUCAGAUCCAGGUCACAUUUACCCUCAAACUUGCACCAUUCAAUUAAAAAGGAUUAAAUAACUUGAUCCAAACUUGUGUAAUGAAGGUUUCACAAGCUCCAGUGUACAGUAGUUUCUGUCUGACACUCCACAUGUGACCACAGCUCCCUCCAAAGAGUGAAUUAGUUUAUUGAUUCACAGCUUAGUCCUAUCACAUAUUUCUCUAUUAUCUUUCCAGAACUCUGUUAGCUAUGGGAUUUGUCGCGUACUUGGCCGGUGUUCACAGACUACAGCAGACAGCAGGUGGAAAAUUUAGGAUCUACUUUCCUGCAGGUCCCCCCCUCCUCUCCAUUGGUACAGCCUCACUGUAAAGAUCCGCCUUAUUGGCUGCAGGGAAAGGGGGCCGAGAGUGACAGAGGCUGUGACGCUGCAGCUAAAUCCUUUAAAUACCCAGCUGAGAGAUUGUCUAUCAAUGAAGUAGUAAAAGGGGGGGACGCCUGUGGCGGAGAAGAAGGAAAGGUUUUCAGAGGAAGCCUUUGACAGACUGUUUGCUUUGGCUGGGUUCCCUGCUUUUAUUUACUGAAUUCCAGAAGUGACCAAUUUAAAAAAAAAAGAAAAAACAGUAAAAAUGAAGAUCAUCAUUGGCAUUGGAGGGUAAGUCUCAUCAGAAUCAAGAUUUGUCUUUUAAUCUCAAGUAGAAGAAGAUGGAUUGUUACUCAUCUGUGUGGUUUAACAUGUUCCUUACUUUCAGAGUGACCAACGGUGGGAAGACCACUUUGACAAAUAAGCUUCUAAAGACAUUACCCAACUGUUGUGUGGUGCAUCAGGAUGACUUUUUCAAGGUAAGAUGAAAUAAAGUCACAAUUCCUCUGAAGUUUAGAGCUAAUUUUAAUCACUCUCAGCUAAGUUAAAAAGCAAAGUAUUUAUAUUUCAUGUAUUAUUGUUUAGUAAAGGUAAGUAUCAUUCAUGAUAAAGUUAAUUUACUAGGUUAAAUUUGCCCUUGAGGACAUUUUGUUUCCCCCAGUCUGACCUGCAGAUGUCCUGUCGUCUCAGUAGCCUAGUAAUACAUCUGGCUGAUUGUCUCCUGGACAGCCAAUCAAAGGGCCAAACGUCCCCACUUAAAGUCAGACUUGGUCCAAUCAUGUUGCAAAUCCUGCAACCAGCUCUUUUUUGCAUGACCAUUAACCCCAGAUUUAAUUUCUAACACAACCACAUCCUUUGGUGCUGCAUUCAGGGACCGCUAAGACUCAUUGACCACCGAUUGCCUUUUUUUCUAAACACUGAGUCGAUGUAAUCCUGUCAUACAUAUUCACUACUCGAACACAUACACAACAACAAAAAAAUCGAAAGCGCAUUUUACAAAAAAAAAAAGCAGUUUGAAAACGAUUGAUUCUUGGGAGAACUUUUCGAUACACAGAAAUUAAAUGUUACCGACACAGUUUAAAAACGUAAAUAGUAAAAGAACAUAAUUGGAGGAAGCUGUGUCGUGAGGUUUUGCCACCGAUAUCCCGCCAACGCAUUUCAAAUCGCUCUCCGAAAUGUCAGCGCGCACUCCUUUAGGUGGAGACGAGUCCUUGACUUGUCCUGUCCAGGUGCCAUCAGCUCCGGCUGGUUACUAGGUUGCAGCAAUGUUUUAUUGGUGACUGUUAUUUCAGAAACCCGAUCAAAUAGAAGUCGGGGAGGACGGCUUUAGACAGUGGGAUGGUAAGAAUGGAUUUCCUGUAGGAAAACCAUGCAGUAAUGUACUCUUUCUUUCCUACACAUUUCUCUAGUUUGGUAACCAAUCAAUGGUUAACUUAAUGAUACUUAAUCAAUUCUGUGGAUGCUACAGACAUUCACUAAUGGUGACUGAUGUGUUCAAGCACAUUAGUGAGGGGGGUUUGUUGCAUGUGUGGUGAAGGCCGCUCUUGUGUUUUCUGUUCUUGUUGUGUAUCAGUGAUCACCGCUCUGGACAUGGAGGCCAUGGUGAACACUGUGAAAGGCUGGCAGGAGAACCCGGUCAAGUUCGCCCGCUCCCACGGUGUCAGCCUGUCACCUGAAGCUGAGGGGGCCGACUCAGAGAAGGGGAUCCAUAUUCUCCUCAUCGAAGGGUUCCUCAUCUACAACUACCUGUGGGUCCUCUUUCGCUCCUCACUCCUCACUUACAGUAGCUCUGAAAUGUCAACCGCAGGCCUUUUGACCUUUUGACUGACCCCUGCCUCUGCUCUCCCCCUCUGCAGGCCUCUUAUCGACGUCUACGACAAAUGUUUCUACAUUUCCAUUCCUUAUGAGGAGUGCAAGAGGAGGAGAAGGUAACAAGCCCUUCAAAUGACCCUGACGGGUUUCACCUUAGCGUCAAAUGUGACAUUACAGACCUGGACAUGACUCUAUCUGUUCUGUCUUUGCAGUACAAGGACAUACACAGUCCCUGACCCCCCUGACCUGUUUGACGGCCACGUCUGGCCCAUGUACUUGAAACAUAGGAAAGAGAUGGAAAACAACUGUGACAGAAUACGUAUGUUAAAUUACAUUUUUGUUCUUCCCUUUCAAAUUAAAAGCCUUUUUUGCCCUCAUCUCUGAUUGUAAAUAAUCUCUUUUAAUUUGUCUUUUUCUGAUCAGAGUACCUCGAUGGGAUGACUUCAAAGGAUGAAAUCUACAGUAAAGUGUACGAAAGCAUUCAGAACUGCCUGCUCAACAACUUAUAGGUAAAUAAAUCCAAACAGGCUUUCACAAACAGAUCACUGACGACUCUAUUGUUCACCGUCGCUAACUCCUCUCCUUUCUGUCUCUCCACAGCAGGACGGGGACAACCACGGAUCUGUGUAUAGACUUGUAAAUAAUGUGCUUCAAUGUGUGACCCCAACUCUGUACUUCUAGCCUGAUUUUGUAAAUAGUUGAUCCUGUAACUUAUUAAGAACUUAAGGCAGAAGAAUUCUGUUUUAUAUAACCCUGUGUAACCUUCAUUUUUUUUCUAAAUGAUCAACCAUCUCUGGACCGCCCAGUGUUCGACACCUGCAACAGAUUUUCACUCUGAUCUUGUUGUAUGUAAAAGCAUAAAAGUUUAACAAACCCACUGGGGGGACGGAUUUGUGUCUCGCAACCGAAUGAAACUAUUGAAUCCA